GCCACUACCAAGAUUUUUUCAACUACGCUUCAUCUUUUAAGAGGAGCUUUUUGUUGAAAAGUGUUAAUAGUUAAUUUUUUUAAAAAAAGGAGUAAUUCUUUUUUUGACCCCAUCCGCGAGAAUUGUGAAAUUAGUACUUGCGGACUUUGUUGGUUGAUUCUAGCUGAAUUCGGUUCAUUUGUAAAUAUUGGUGUUUUUUUGAUUUACUAAGUUGCCAUUGAUAAUAUGAAAAACCAAUAUACUCCUGUUUCAGAUUCUGAUGACUCUUUCAAAGUGCUCAAUGAUGAAAAGUCAGACGCUAGAUCUUUAGAUGGUACUGGUACGCCUCCUUCGUACUCAGCUCCGAACAAAUUUAUUGAUUUAGAAAUGGCUGAUGGAUCCACUCAGCAUUCUGCCCAAGAGUCCACUAACAACGCUGGAUCGGAUUUGGCAUAUUCGAAGUGGAUUCCAGUAGCUAUUUUCUUUUUCUUUGCGUCUCUUGGGUACAUUGGGGCUUAUUGUAUUCUUCUGGUGAUGUUUCUUUAUUUCAAGGUUCCUGUGAGGGCGCAAGACUUUUGGGGACUUUUUGGCGGAUUUAUUGGGGCAAUAUCAUUAUUUCUUUAUUUGGCGCAUAUGCUCUACCCGGGGUGGUACAAGCAAGCUGGUAGAGUGCUGUCCUACUUAUUCACGCAAACUGGUAGAAUGCUGUCCUACUUAUUCACGCAAAUUUGUAGUGUACUGCCAAACAUGUGUACCGCAGUAAUAUGUACAGCUUUUCUGAAUGCCGUUGGUUUCGUCGUCUAUUGUAAUGUAAAGGAAAUAAUAGGAUUUGAAAAGAUGAACGAUAUUGCUUUCUAUGGUGUCUGCGUUGUUAACGUUGCCGUGUUUGUUUAUUUUGGAAUAUGCCGGAUAUGCAACAACGUUGAAUAUUCAUUGCUGAUUUAGGAAACGCCAUGGGAAACGGCAUAAGAAAUGCUACGAAUUAUGUUCGUAUGUACUUUUUAUUAUAACUUUUCUUUGGAAGCAUCUAUGAUGAUUGCAAUCCCUCAAGUUUCUGCAUUCUUGUCCACAAAAGUAAGCAUCAGCUUCAUUCGGCAAGUUUGAUUGUUUUUCACGUUCACUCUUUUAUGAAUCUUUGAAUUCGUUUCGCAAUAGUGUUAUUUAUGAAUUGUUCGUUUUCUCUGUGACGAACAUCCUUGUUAUACAACCUUUUUAAUGAUUGUUUAAUUGUUAUGACGAUAAUUUUGCAAAAUAAUCAACUAGUUUCUAAUUCAAAGCUGGACGUAUUCAGAUUGGCCGUUUCAACUAAUGUAGUUUAAUAAUUUACUUCUCAAACUACAACUUUCUCAAUUGCUAUAAAUUCAGACAUUUGGUCUCAGACCUCAAUGACAAUCUAG